AUGUCUUCCAUCCAUCAAAAGUAUGCUUCGCUCAAGGAAUUGGCUGUUCUGAACCUCGGCGAAGAGGAAGAUAACGUUCCCUACUUCAAAAGCCAGCGGACCAAUCCAGUUAGCCAUAUAUUGUCAUUCCAAACUUCGAGAAAUAUGAACUCUGACCCUAAGUUGUGUCUGGCUUGA